UGGCUCUUUUCUCUACUAGCGAGCAAACCUACAUUCUAGACCCAACUGUCCAUCCAGCUCAUUUUUAAGGGGAUUUAUCAUUGUAUAUGCCCGUGUAUCCAAAACACAUCGGUCAUUGGGGAUUCCUAGCACCGGUUGGCCGGGUCUCACGGCCGUUAUAACGCUUUUUCGAGGUUUAAUUAGAGCUAGAAAACAACGGUAGUGGAGGAGGAGGAGAUUCCAUAUUAGGAGCACAGAGGAGAAGGCACCCCCCUUGUGUGAUUUGGAUCUUUUGGUUCUGAGCCCAUGGUACUAGGCCCUGACUGAACGUACUGGUGGGGCGUACAGACUUACUACUGUGGCUAGGUGUGUGCGUGCUGACCUCAUGGUGUAACAGGAGUAAAGAUGAGCAUUAGCAGUGAUGAGGUCAACUUCCUGGUCUACAGAUACCUACAGGAGUCAGGGUUCUCCCACUCAGCAUUUACAUUUGGCAUAGAGAGUCACAUCAGCCAGUCCAACAUCAAUGGUGCUCUGGUUCCCCCUGCUGCCCUCAUCAGCAUCAUCCAGAAGGGCCUGCAGUAUGUCGAGGCUGAAGUCAGCAUCAAUGAGGACGGCACGUUAUUUGACGGGCGGCCCAUAGAGUCUCUGUCCCUGAUUGAUGCCGUGAUGCCGGACGUUGUUCAGACGAGGCAGCAGGCCUACCGGGACAAAAUGGCCCAGCAACAGGCUGCUGCUUCAGCACCAACAUCGACCACGGGGGGGAGCAUUGCCGGCAACGCCAAGAACGGAGAGAAUACUGCCAACGGGGAGGAGAACGGAGCCCAUGCCUUAGCUAACAACCACGCAGACCUGAUGGAGGUCGACGGCGAUGUGGAGAUCCCUCAGAACAAGGCCAUGGUCUUGCGGGGCCACGAGUCCGAGGUCUUCAUCUGUGCCUGGAACCCAGUCAGCGAUCUGCUGGCAUCAGGGUCUGGGGAUUCGACAGCUCGCAUCUGGAACCUGAGUGAAAACAGUACAAGCAGCUCGACGCAGCUUGUCCUGAGACACUGCAUACGAGAGGGGGGACAGGACGUCCCCAGCAACAAAGACGUCACCUCGCUAGACUGGAAUAGCGAGGGAACGCUGCUAGCAACAGGCUCCUAUGACGGUUUUGCCAGAAUAUGGACAAAGGACGGGAACCUGGCCAGUACACUUGGCCAACACAAAGGUCCCAUCUUUGCCCUUAAGUGGAAUAAAAAAGGCAAUUUUAUCCUCAGUGCAGGAGUAGACAAGACAACAAUCAUAUGGGAUGCCCAUACAGGAGAAGCCAAACAACAGUUUCCCUUCCAUUCAGCUCCUGCGCUAGACGUGGACUGGCAGAGCAACAACACGUUCGCCUCCUGUAGUACAGACAUGUGCAUCCACGUCUGUAAACUGGGACAGGACCGACCCAUUAAAACAUUCCAGGGACACACGAAUGAAGUAAAUGCAAUCAAGUGGGAUCCCACAGGGAACCUGCUAGCCUCCUGCUCGGACGACAUGACACUGAAGAUCUGGAGUAUGAAGCAGGACUCGUGUGUCCAUGACCUGCAGGCCCACAGUAAAGAAAUCUACACCAUCAAAUGGAGCCCCACCGGCCCUGGAACCAACAACCCCAGCGCUAACCUCAUGCUAGCCAGUGCAUCGUUUGACUCCACGGUUCGUCUUUGGGACGUGGAGAGAGGCAUCUGUAUCCAUACGCUGACCAAACACCAGGAGCCGGUCUACAGCGUGGCCUUUAGCCCCGACGGGCGACAUCUGGCCAGUGGCUCCUUUGACAAAUGCGUGCACAUCUGGAAUACACAGACGGGUGCUUUAGUCCACAGUUACAGAGGGACAGGGGGAAUCUUUGAGGUUUGCUGGAAUGCAGCGGGGGACAAAGUGGGAGCCAGCGCAUCAGACGGAUCUGUGUGUGUACUAGACCUUCGGAAAUAGUGCUGCUGUUUGUUGGAAGCCAUGGACCGACCAUGAAUGUGUACAUAGCCAAAUGACUGUCCCAGCCUGCCCUGCGUACUGCUCACGCUUACGACUAUUGGCCCCGCUGACCGACAAACAGGAAGCAGGAAACAGGAACAGGAAGCAAGCACGCACCCUCUCGACACAGCAGGUCCAGACACAGGGAUGAACAGACGGACAGACAGACAGAAGGGUGGAUCAACGGGCGGAUGGAAACGCCCCUCUCUAUCUGUGCAGACUCUUACAGAGAUGCAGAAGGGACGCAGUGGAAAAAAAGUAAAAACUUGAUAGACAAAAAAAACAAAAAAAAACAAAGUUACAGAUCGGUAUAUGUACCAAAAUUUGGAAGCUAUUUUGCUUUUUUGAUCUUUAAAC